UAAAUGUUGACACGUGGUAUGGUAUCUAGUAUUCGGCUAUUUUCGACAUCUGUCGUGGCAAUGAACAACUGAAAAUUAGUAGUCGCAUAAAAUAGUUUGUACCCACUAAAAGCAUGUUUUGAAUUAUUUAUGUUUAUUUAUUACGGUGAAACUUCAAAUUUUCUCGACGUAAAUGUAAAAGUUAGGAGAUUUGUCGUGCGACGGAAACUUGAAGGUAUUUAUUACAAUUCAAAACCAUGUUGCAUUACGAGGAUUUCAUCGUUGAGGACAAAGGGAGCGAUGAAAACAGUACAACAGAAGCAGGAAUUCGUCAUAGAAUUCCAUGGAGCGAUCGUGUAUCGUUAAAUAGCGAAGUGCCAGGCUUGCAUGAAGUUAAAGAAUUGUUGGAUGAUGACGACGCAAGCUGUUUGGCAGAAGAAGAAGAUGGAGUUGGCUGUCCUUUACCUUCUACUCCAGAAGAUGAUCAUCUUUUGGAUUGCGAGAUGACAGAGGUAUUGAAAGCUGGUGUAUUAAGCGAUGAAAUUGAUCUUGGUGCAUUAGCACAUAAUGCUGCAGAGCAAGCUGAAGAAUUUGUUCGCAAGGUGUGGGAAGCAUCGUGGAAACAAUGUCACUUUAGAAAUCUCCCAAGAUGGUUACAAGAUAAUGAUUUCUUACAUGCUGGUCAUAGACCACCUUUACCAUCAUUUUAUGCUUGUUUUAAAAGUAUAUUUCGAAUUCAUACUGAAACUGGAAAUAUUUGGACUCAUUUACUUGGAUGUGUGGCAUUUAUUGGCAUAGCUAUAUUUUUCAUAACACAGUCUCCUAUAGAAAUACAAUUGGAAGAAAAAUUGGUGUUCGGUACAUUCUUUGCUGGUGCUAUCAUAUGUCUAGGAAUGUCAUUUGCCUUUCAUACAGUACACUGCCACAGCGAAUGUGUUGGAAAGUUAUUUUCAAAACUUGAUUAUUGUGGAAUAGCUAUGCUAAUUAUGGGUAGUUUUGUACCAUGGUUGUAUUAUGGUUUUUACUGUGAUUAUCAACCUAAACUUAUUUACUUAUCUGUGGUCGUAAUACUUGGUGUAACAAGUAUUGUCGUAUCAUUAUGGGAACGAUUUGGUGAACCAAGUUACAGACCAUUAAGAGCAGGUGUUUUUAUGGGAUUUGGUCUUAGCGGGGUAAUACCAGCAGUUCAUUAUGCCAUUGCAGAGGGUUGGUUUAAAGCAAUUAGUCAAGCUUCCCUUGGAUGGUUAAUAUUAAUGGGAUGUUUAUAUAUCUUAGGUGCAAUGUUUUAUGCAUUAAGAGUACCUGAACGAUUUUUCCCUGGCAAAUUUGAUAUUUGGUUUCAGAGUCAUCAAAUUUUCCAUGUAUUAGUAAUUGCUGCUGCUUUUGUUCAUUACCAUGGAAUAACUGAGAUGGCUAUGUAUAGAAUGACAAUAGGAGACUGUACAAAUCCAUCGCAGAGAAUUAUGAGAAAAAUGUCCGGAUCCGUGGAACGAUGCUAUAUUAAAUAAAUACGAUAAACGAUAUUAAUAUACAAAC